UUAAUGUUGUCAAGUAACCUGACAUGGUCAGCUUUAAAUAAGUAAUGACACGAUUGCAAGUUUGGUGAUUCAUUCCAUAGUCGUGGAAUGCUAUAAUCAUACUUAGUGCUUCGCUAUGUUAUCAUGAAUGAACAUUUAGUUUGUGUUGUGACUCUGAGCAGUGCGAAUCGAUCCACAAACAGGGUCAUUAUUAUGUAAACAUGUUAGUUUCACUACUUCUUUGUGGAUUUAACGUGAUAGUGAGUGCUAGUGAUGUGUUUCAUGUGAACAGUAAAAUAACUUUUUAUCCGGACGAUGUGUCGGAGUAUUUUGGGUAUUCUGUGCUUUUGAGCGAUUUGGGCCUCAAUGUCGGUGCUCCCAAGGCGCAGAGUAGAGUGUCAAGGAAGUCGCAUCCUGGACUAGUAUUCACAUGUCCGUUGAGAGAUCUGGACAGAGAUAAUGUCACCUGCAGGCCACUAGCGAAAAGUCUGAGAAUUUCCUUGGCUGAUGACUUCUAUAAGGAUGACAUGUGGUAUGGGGCAACUAUGGCAGCGAUUCCUAAUGGAAGACUAUUGGUGUGUUCGCCGCGAAUCACUAAGCCAUACCAGUCGAAGCACUUGCUGGCCAACGGAGCUUGCUCUGUGCACGGUCAUGACCAUGAAGUAAGACUGCUGCCCCUCGAAGAUCCAGGUACCUCCACACUUAGCUUAUUGAGAACUAAGGAACGUUGGCGCUGA